GAACCAACUGCGUUCUACCAAUGGGAAUGACGGCACGACGUCUACAAAAUGGCUGAUUCAACAAAAUAUUGCAAUAGCACCACGUAUAAAAAGCACGGUUUUUCGAAAUGCAAUCAGUUCAUUUGAAAACUAGCCCUGCAUGAGGUCAGCCAUGAAAUUCUUCAUCCUUACGGUUUUGGUGAUUACCAUAAUUGAUCAGAGCAUUGGAGGAAGAUGUUCUAACCCAAGAGCUUACAGCGGCAAAGUAGUAGCUGAUCCUUGGGGCACGUUUAGCGGCGAAUGCGUCUCUUUUUACAAGACAUGUUCUGGAGAUCACCGUUCUACGUCGCAAUGGAAGAGAGGACCUAGGGUAAAAAAUGCAAAAAUACGCGUUGGCACAGGAAUUGCAUCUUUUACGAACGGAGAUCGUUUCGUCGGCAGCAAUUGCAAUAGACCUAAGAAAUGUGGGCAUGUUGCAAUUUACGUCGGUCAAAAUUCGCAAGGAAUUCAAGUUUGGGAUCAGUGGAGAGGCCAACCUGUUCACCAGCGAACGCUUUCCUUCGGUACGGGCAACAGCAGCAACAACGGAGACGAUUUCUACGUCAUUAACUAACUGACUUAUCAGUAAGGGCUAGGUUUUCUUUUUGGUUUACCAAGGGGAUCUGAACACCAUUUAUUUUCACCUCCUUUUUCCGUUGCCCUUAGGCUGUAUAUAACUUUUAAUCGGCAUUAUAGACCGCGCUACUGGUAGGCCAGUAAUAAGCGUUUUUGUAGCACUACUAAUUGGCAAGCAAACACAUGAAUGUUUCAUUUGGGGAAACAAUGUGGCAAAAAUGAGUUU